UUUUUUAACUAAAUCGAUGCCGUUUAGUUAUUUUGAAUUUAAUUUUCUUUUUUAAAAUUAGCAAAAAUUGAAUUCAAAAUAGCAAAAUAACGUUGGUUUAGUUGAAGAAUAUACCACGUCAAUACACAUGUAUCAUUUGACUCAACAAUCGUUAGAAUUGACUAACAUUUGUUAACGUUAACUCAUAAUUACGCAAUACGUCAACAGUUUAGGUAGGUUUUUUGAAAAUUUUACAUGUUUAGGUAUAAAUCAACAUUUCUCGUUUAUACCGAUUGAAAAACACAUUCUCUAAAUAGUCGAGAUUGAAAAAAAUAUUUUCCCCCAUUUUCUAUAAUGCUAUAAUUUAUUCUAAACAGUAGACAAACUCGUCUUUGAUGCAUACCAAUAAUAUAAAAUAUCGAGGAGACACAUUAGUGGAUCCUUCAAGGACGAGUUGGUCGAUUUGAGAUAAGGAAGACAAUAUUUAUUGACCCUCUUUGGCUUUCAAUUUUGUUUGCUAAUGGUUAGGGUUUAUUAUUAUUUUUGGUUUAAUAUGAUGCAAGUUUAAAUAGGUAACUCGGUUUGGUUUAUUUUAUUUCGUUGGUUUCGACUAUCACAUCGAUCUAUAAUGUCAAAUUUACAAUCAAAUUCUUUUAAAACUUUUUUUUUUUUAUAACUUAUUUUAGUUUUAUAAGGAAUAUACGGAUUUCUCAAACAAACAAGAAAAGGUGUUAUUUGAACACUUGGAAAGAAUUCAAAUUUUUUUUAUAGUAGUUUUCCCGUUAAAAGUUCACAUAAAAAUAUAUCAUCAAUGUAAGACGAUAUUCAGGGAAAUUGAAGAUAUUGGGUGCCUGACAUGUGACAAUAUAUGACAGCUUCUGUCGGUCCUGUUUCUUGUUUGUCACAUGCGAUUGCUUGGGGAUUGUGAUUUAUAACCACACAACUUAUGGUACUUUGAUAUAUGUAAAUGGCGACGAUGAUUUUUUUUCUGUUGAUGAUUGACGUAUUAUUGUGAAUCUUGUUUUCUUUUAUAUGUUUCGUCUAUCUCUUACAAAAUUUGUUGAUUUCCAACUUUUCAUCAUUUUAGUUUUUGACAAUUAUAUAUGUGUAAGAGGAUUGGUGAAUCAUCAGUGAUUUUCUUACUUUUCAUAUGCUUUCCAACUCUUCAUCAUCAUAAAUUUUUAAUAUUCACACUCCCUAGACUGGUCACAGCCAAAAGAUCUCAAAAAUCUGACCCGGACAAGUAUACUAAUAAAAGGAAAAAAUAUUGGGAGAUAUAGUGUCAUGCAUGGUGUGCAAGAGAAAAAACUAUUAAUUAAUGUAGCUUAUUAAUCUAGAACUUGCUAUAUACUAGAACAAUUAAAACGUGACUGAAAAUUUAGUACUUAAUCUCUACAACACUAUAACAUCCACAUAUAUUAAUUUCUUCAAUUAACCUUGAUAAGAGUUAAAAAAGUAAAAAACAUCGAGAAGAGUUGUAGCUGUGGUCAACACUUGAGAGGCAGCACGAUGAGCUCCAUAUGGAACGUUGCAAUGUUGAUGGUAGCUUUGGUGGUUGUGAGGAUCAGCCACUGGCUUUACCGAUGGUCAAACCCUAAGUGCCCUGGCAAGUUACCACCUGGAUCGAUGGGUUUUCCAAUCAUUGGAGAGACUCUCGAUUUCUUUAAGCCUUGUGGAGUCGAAGGUAUCCCAACCUUUGUUAAGAAGAGGAUGAUAAGGUAUGGGCCGUUGUUUCGAACAAACAUUUUUGGUUCCAAAACCGUGGUUUCGACAGAUCCGGAUGUGAUCCACCAGAUUUUCCGGCAAGAGAACACGUCUUUUGAGCUAGGCUAUCCAGACAUAUUUGUGAAAGUAUUUGGAAAAGAUAAUUUGUUCUUGAAGGAAGUGUUCAUCCACAAGUACCUCCAAAAAAUCACUAUGCAAAUUCUUGGCUCCGAGGGUUUGAAGCAAACAAUGUUAGGAAACAUGGACAAAGCAACCCGCGACCAUAUUAGGUCCAUUGCUAGCCAGGGGAGCUUCAAUGUUCGUAAAGAAGUUGAAAACUUGGUAGUAGCGUACAUGACACCAAAGCUGAUAAGUAACCUUAAACCAGAGACGCAAUCAAAGCUUAUAGAUAAUCUCAACGCCUUCAAUCUUGAUUGGUUUAAGUCCUUCUUAAGACUCUCUACUUGGAAAGCUGUCACCAAAGCCCUCAAGUCACGCGAAGAAGCUAUCCAGGUGAUGAAAGACGUUCUCAUGAUGAGAAAAGAGACGCGAGAGAAGCAAGAAGACUUCCUUAACACGCUUCUAGAAGAACUGGAGAAAGACGGUAGCUUUUUCGACCAAGGAUCGGCUAUAAAUCUCAUCUUCCUUCUGGCGUUUGCCUUGAGAGAAGGUACCUCUAGUUGUACUGCUUUGGCCGUGAAGUUCAUAUCCAAAGACCCGAAAGUGCUUGCAGAGCUCAAGCGUGAGCAUAAGGCAAUUGUAGACAACAGAAAAGAUAAGGAAGCUGGAGUUAGCUGGGAAGAAUAUAGACACAACAUGACUUUCACCAACAUGGUUAGCAAUGAGGUGCUUCGCCUAGCAAACACGACCCCUUUGUUGUUUCGAAAGGCGGUGCAAGAUGUUGAGAUCAAAGGAUAUACAAUUCCGGCUGGUUGGAUUGUGGCGGUUGCACCUUCAGCGGUUCAUUUUGAUCCUGCAAUCUAUGAGAACCCAUUUGAGUUUAAUCCAUGGAGAUGGGAGGUCUUAGUGAUACACUUACUAUAAUUUUCAGCUGCUCUAUUUUUUCUCUUUCUCCAUCAUCCUUUGUAAACCUAUAGAUGGGAUUUGGUUGGUUGUGGCAGGGGAAAGAAAUGAUUUGGGGAUCUAAAACGUUCAUGGCGUUUGGAUAUGGAGUUAGACUUUGUGUAGGUGCAGAGUUUUCACGGCUUCAAAUGGCAAUCUUCCUCCAUCAUCUUGUGGCAUAUUACGAUUUCUCAAUGGUCCAAGACUCCGAGAUCAUUCGUUCACCAUUCCAUCAAUACACCAAGGAUCUGCUUAUAAACAUCUCUCAGUCUCCUACCAAGUGAACCAUGCAUGCAGUUUCCAAAUCUUAAUAAUCAGAUCAUUAUAUGCAAUAAUCUCAUUUCCUGCUUCCGCAAAAUCUCUGGAGUCUUUUUAUAUGUAAUAUGCGAUCUCUAUAAUUUUUAAAAAGUAUCUAUCUUGUCAAAUGAGUUAAACUUUGUUUAUAUAUGUCUUGAAUCUGAUCACAUGCAUGGGUUCCUAAUUCUAUGUACUCUUUGCGGCUGUUUCUGUACUGAUGACUUAAAAGUCACUCCAAUGAUUCAUAUUUUUUUUUGUACUAAUU